UGAGAAUCAAGUGAGGCGGGUCUACGGGUGUAUACGUAGCUGAACAAACGAUGGCCCUUCCACACCAUGGAUACCGGGCUACAAAACCCAGAGCCCGUGCAGCCCCUCCUUCAGGGGACCCCCUUCUUUUUGAGGACACCAGCUCUGGGGUGCCACCCGUGAACAGCCAGAACUACUACGAAUCAGGUUAUAAUAUAGGAGGUGGAGCAGCAGGAGGCCAAGGAGCUGGUGGAGUGAACACCCUCUUUACCGAUCCAAUGGCUAAUGCAGCUAUGAUGUAUGGCUCCUCACUUGCCAACCAAGGCAAGGAUAUGGUGAACAAAGAGAUCAGUCGAUUCAUGUCGGUGAACAAGCUGAAGUAUUUCUUUGCAGUAGACACCAAAUAUGUCAUGAAGAAAUUGAUGCUUCUGAUGUUCCCUUACACGCAUCAGGACUGGGAGGUCCGGUAUCACAGAGACACACCACUUACCCCUCGGCAUGACGUCAAUGCUCCAGAUCUCUACAUCCCCACAAUGGCUUUCAUCACCUAUAUUCUGCUCGCAGGAAUGGCUUUAGGAAUACAGAAACGGUUCAGUCCAGAGGUCCUGGGUUUGUGUGCGAGCACAGCUCUGGUUUGGGUUGUCAUUGAGGUUCUUGUAAUGUUGCUGAGUCUCUACUUGCUCACAGUGCACACAGAUCUCUCAACCUUUGACCUUGUUGCCUACAGCGGAUACAAAUAUGUUGGGAUGAUCUUCACUGUGCUAUGUGGGCUACUCUUUGGCAGUGAUGGCUACUAUGUUGCUCUUGCCUGGUCCUCUUGUGCCCUCAUGUUUUUCAUUGUCCGUUCUCUCAAAAUGAAGAUCCUUUCUUCACUAUCUGCUGAUUCCAUGGGUGCUGGAGCAAGUGCUAAGCCCCGCUUCCGCUUGUACAUUACUGUAGCCUCUGCUGCCUUUCAACCAAUCAUCAUUUACUGGCUGACUGCUCAUUUGGUCAGAUGACCAGGAGCAAAGACUGACCUGAAAGAAAAGAACUUUAAAACGAUGCAGAAAGCAGCGUUGGGCGUAAAUAGGAUCACUCCCUAAUUUUUGCCAAUACAAAACAAAAUGUGGCCUGCCAACAGCGAUCAUUACAUUGUGCCCAACUUUGAGGACUUACCAUUGAAUUCAUUCUCUCACUUUCAUGCAGAGUGGUUGAUUAUGAUCCAACACCUCUUCUGAAAGAAUGACUGUACAUACCCAUCUUUCAACCAAAGAUUCAGAUUUGAGUUUUUUUUCCCUUUUUGUUUUUUCCCUUUUUGCUUUAGUGUUAUUGAAUCCUUUUUCUGCCACUGCCUUCUAAGUCACAGGGAAGAAGUAGUACAAAACUUUCUGACGAAAAGUUGCGACGAUUUGGAGCCCCUCCUAAAGGCAACACAAUGUCUAGCUUAAACUUCCCCAAAGACAAAAAUGUGUAAUGCAAGAAAAUCUGUAAUUUUACAUUUUCACCCUGGAACUUUGUGCUUUAUGCCCAGUGUGACUUUGUGUGGUAUAUGGUUAUAGUGUUAAACACAUUGAUUGCUGAACCUGUGUCCCUCUUUUCUAUUUAUCUGUGCAUGAACAACAGUACUUUUCUUAUAGUAAAAUAAAUGGUCAGAAUUUUAA